UGGGAGGACCGUCGCCACUCACAGACAGACGCGCUGCCGGUGACAGAGGAGACGCAGCUUCUGCGGGAUCGCCCUCGUUAUUCACUCACCUCUUUCAAACAUUCCUCCACUUCAACGUGACAUGUUGUUGGAAGUAUCGAAGCCGCUCUUUCUCUUCUUCUUCCUCCUGCUGGAGCCGGGUUCUUCAGGCCAGAAUCAGAUGUGUGACAUGGUGGAUGAAAUCGAAAAGGACAGAAACCUGUGCGAGGCCCACAUUGAGAACAGGACAUCAGGCUGCAGCGGAACAUGGGACAAGAUCGCCUGCUGGCCCAGUGCAGACGUGGGAGAGGUGGUCACGAUCCCCUGCCCCAAGUAUCUCUUCUACUUCUCCGGCGACGUCUCCACACGUAACCUGUCCAAGACUUGCAGCGGGGGGGGCUGGACGCCGAUCAGCAUGGACUCCUACAUCAGUGACUGUGGCUACGAUCCCAACAGCACCAUGGAUGAAAACACGGGAAUCUUCUUUGCUGCUGUCAAAGUGGGCUACACCAUCGGCCACAGCGUGUCCAUCAUAUCUCUGACGGCAGCCAUUAUCAUCUUGUGCGUUUUCCGAAAGCUUCACUGCACUCGGAACUUCAUCCACAUGCAUCUGUUCCUGUCCUUCAUCCUGAAAGCCGUGACAGUUUUCAUCAAGGAUGUGGUUCUGUACGGAGUCGGGGAAGCAGGAAACGAUUGUCAGUCGACUGUGGGCUGCAAGGUUGUGAUCGUCAUCUUCCAGUACGGGAUAAUGGCCAGUUUCUUCUGGCUGCUGGUGGAAGGCCUGUAUCUCCACGCUCUGCUGGCCGUCUCCUUCUUCUCCGAGAGGAAGUAUUUCUGGUGGUACAUCCUGAUUGGCUGGGGGGCUCCAGCCAUCUUCAUCUCGGCCUGGGUGAUAACCAAAGUUUAUUUAAACGAUCCUGGCUGCUGGGAGAUCAUCGACGGUAAAGCGUGGUGGAUCAUCAAAAUACCCAUCUUAUUCACCAUUCUGGUCAACUUUUUCCUUUUCAUAUGCAUCAUUCGCAUUUUGAGACAGAAGAUGAACUGUCCUGACAUCGGAAGGAAAGAAUCCAACCAGUACUCGAGACUUGCUAAGUCCACGCUGCUGUUGAUACCCCUGUUUGGUAUCAACUACCUGGUCUUUGUCUUUCAGCCGGACCACAUCGACUCUCGUGUCCGGAUGGUCUUCGACCUCAUUCUGGGUUCUUUUCAGGGUUUUGUUGUCGCCGUUUUGUACUGUUUUCUGAAUGGAGAGGUACAAGCGGAGAUUAAGCGUAAGUGGCGCAGAUGGAUGCUGCUGCGCUUCCUGGGGUCGGACACUAAGUACCAGCACCCGUCCAUCGCCAGUAAUGGCAACAACUUCAGCACCCAGAUCACCAUGUUUACCAAGUGCAGCCCGGCCACACGCCGGGCAUCCGCCUGCCAGGAUCACCUCUCCGCCAUCUGAAGGGAACGUGGCUGUCUGCGAUCGCAGUCUCUGACCUUUGUUCGUGAAGCUUUGUCUGUUGUGAUUCCAUCCAUUCCUGUCACCUCUGAACCUCCAAAAUCACAAACAAACAGCAGCUUCUGCUGAGGUGUUGCUGCGCCCCCGGUGGAGCUGCUGAACACUGCGGCAAAGUGAAGGACGUCGGAGAAGACGGCGAGUCUGAAGAAUCAUGUUUAGUAAACGGGAGUGUUGCACAACUGACCCGGGCACUUACCCUAAUGGCCCGGGUUGCUGAGGGGACCGGCACCAGUGGCUGGCAACAGGAUCCUACAACAUGCAUGGAGAUGUGGCAGAUGCAGAUCUUUCAGAGUUGGCUCUGAGAUCACUGAGAGUAACAGUACAAGUCUUCUUUGUGAAAUAAUCUCACAGAUUGUGUUGUGUUUCCAGAGGCUGUCAUGCCACAAAUCUGACAAAUUGUGAUGAGAUGUGUUACAUCCACUUGACCUGGGAAGACAGUUGUUAGAGUUCGGAAAUGUGUCUAUUAAUUGUAAAUCUUUGUGUUUUAAGCACUCAUUCAUCUUAACAGAGAUGCUGCUCCAAUCUGUUCCGCUCUUGAGUCUAGUUUAAUAUUCGUGCUAAACAUGGACAGAACAAUUUGCACUGCACGUGAGACACGCCAGCGGGUGUCACUUGAAGCUCAUGCAAGAGGACUGAGAGUCAGUGGUGAGAUUCAUCUGUCAGAAGAGUGGCGAGUUUUUAACUCUCUAUGUUUGCUUCAUUUCA